AAGAAUUUUAUUUUUCUUUUAUGCUACAACAACUCAAUAAAGAAGUAAUAUAAGAAGCUAUCAAUAGGUGUUAUUAAAGAGAAGAGAAGCUUUAGAAUAAGUAAUAAAAAGAAGAUUUAUUUAUUAACCUGCAUUUUCACUAUAUGGAGGAGUAGCAGGAUUAUAUGAUUAUGGACCUGUAGGAUGUGCAAUUAAAACAAAUAUUGAGCAAUAUUGGAGAGAGCACUUUAUCAUAGAGGAAGACUUAUUUGAGAUAGCUGCAACCAUCCUAACACCAGAACCAGUAUUGAAGGCAUCUGGACACGUGGAUAGAUUUACAGAUCUAUUGGUUUGUGAUAGUAAGACAGGAACAGGAUACAGAGCUGAUAAAAUAGUAACUGAGGUAUUCAUACUUGAAUAAUUUGAUUAGACAUUGGAAAAUAGAAUUGCAAAGGAAGGAGACAAGUUGGCUGCUGAUGUCAAAGCUAGAUAUUUGGCUGUUAUAAAGGAUGUGGAUACAUUUAAGGAAGAUAAGAUGAAAGAGGUCAUUGCUGAAUUAUAGAUAAAGGCACUUGAAACCGGAAAUGAUGUAUAUUAGAUGUGAGAUGAUUUUAGCUAACAGAUCCAACUCCAUUCAACUUAAUGUUACCUACUAUUGUUGGACCAUCAACAAAACUUCCUGCUUUUUUGAGACCUGAAACUGCUUAAGGAAUGUUUCUUAAUUUUGCUAGAUUGUUGGAAUAGAAUGGAGGAAGAGUGCCAUUUGGAGCAGCUCAAAUCGGAUUGGGAUUCAGAAAUGAAAUAGCACCAAGAGGAGGACUGUUGAGAUGUAGAGAAUUUUAGAUGGCUGAGAUUGAAUACUUUGUUGAUCCAACUGAGAAGUCCACAUUUAAGAAAUUUAAUAAAUACAUCAAUUUAGAAAUACCUUUAUUGUCAAGAUAAUUAUAAGCUGAAGCCAAAUAACAUCAACCUUUUAAGAUGGGAGAUGCUGUAAAAGAAGGAAUUAUCAAUAAUGAAACACUUGCUUAUUUCAUUUGCAGAACUUAUCUUUAUUUAGUUGAAAUUGGAAUCAAUCCAGUUAACAUCAGAUUUAGAUAACAUCAAGCAGAUGAAAUGGCUCAUUAUUCAUCUGAUUGUUGGGAUGCAGAAAUUGAAAUGUCAAGUGGAUGGGUUGAAUGUGUUGGAUUAGCUGAUAGAUCUGCUUAUGAUCUCAAUGCUCAUUCAACAGCCACAGGAUACAAGUUAUAAGCAGCUCGUAAAUUCAAAGUACCAUAACCAAGACAAGUCUUAUAAGUCAUAUUGGAUAAAUAGAAAAUUGGAAAAGAAUUGAAAAAGGACGGAAUGGCAUUGAUUAAAUAUGUUGAGGCAUUGCCUGAUGAUGAAAAAUAGGAAUUAUCUGAAUAUUACUAAACUCAUGAAGAUAAAGUCUUCAAUAUUGAUGGAAAAGACUUAACUCUCAACAGAGAGUUGGUUAAAUUUGAAUAGAAGACCAUGAAUGUUAUGGAAGAGAAGUUUAUUCCUCAUGUAAUCGAACCAGCAUUUGGAAUUGGAAGAAUAUUAUAAGCUAUUAUUGAACAUUCAUUCAACUAGAGAGAUGAUCCUCAAAAGACCUUUUUCAAAUUCUCCCCAAGAGUUGCUCCUGUCAAAUGUUCAAUCCUUUCUGUUGUCCAAAGUGAAGAAUUUGAUGUUGUCAUUUAAGAAUUAAGUAAUCAUUUAUUAAUAUCCUUUAGCUUCAUCUCUUAAGAAAUUGGGAAUCUCUUGUAAAACAGAUAAUGCUGGAGUUGCAUUAGGAAAGAAAUAUGCCAGAACUGACGAGAUAGGAAUACCAUUUGCUAUUACAGUGGACAAAGAGACCCUCACUACCUAAUCUGUAACAUUAAGAGAAAUUGAAACAACUAAAUAAGUCAGAGUUCCUAGUGUUGAAGUACCUAGACUUAUUCUUGAAUUGAGUGCUGGACUAAUUCUAUGGACUGAUGUUUUAGCCAAAUAUCCUGUUUUUGCUGCUAAAGAAGAAGAUGCUUGAGUAGUAUUAAAAAAUAAAUU